GCCGGAUGUUGUGAGGAGGGGGACGCGUCAGGAGAGACGUUUCUAUGGGAGCAUCUAGCGUUUUCUCUGGAGUUUGUGCAGCUGCGAAGUAGCUAUAACUCAACCAAUACGUGGGAGCCCCGCUCGCUGUUUCCAUGGCCGUCGGCUGAUGUGCGAAGCGAUGCGGCACCACUGGCUGCUCCUCGGGGCUUGCGGCUGGGUGCUGCUAAUCCUGAUGUUUGUCAGCAAGUUCAUCAGCUACAGAGCUGUUGAUGAUUACGGAGAGAGAGCUGGAAGUCAGAGUGGGACAGUGCCGGGCGCUAAAGUGGUGGUUAAACCCAUUGCUGUGUCCAGCCCAGAAAAACAGGCUCCAAAGAUCAUCAAAAGUCAAAGAGCAUCAGAUCAGCCCACGGCGGUACCCACAGUGGCAGAAUGGCAGUCGGUCGCUGAGAAGCGAAUCGAGCUGCUCUCAACUGUGUGUAAGAACAGCAGCCUGAGAAAUCUGACUCAUGUCUCCAUCAGCAAGUUUGUUCUUGACCGUCUCUUUGUCUGUGACAAACACAAGAUCCUGUUCUGCCAGACGCCUAAAGUGGGCAAUACACAAUGGAAGAAGGUCCUGAUUGUGCUCAACGGGGCUUUUGCCACUGUGGAGGAGAUCCCAGAAAACCUUGUUCAUGACCACGAGAAAAAUGGCCUGCCUCGCUUGUCAUCUCUCACUCCACGGGAAAUAACUCACAGAUUAAACACUUAUUUCAAGUUCUUCAUCGUGAGGGAUCCCUUUGAGCGCCUGAUUUCUGCAUUCAAGGACAAGUUUGUGAAGAACCCGCGCUUCGAGCCGUGGUACAAGCAUGACAUAGCUCCAGCCAUUAUACGGAAAUACCGCAAGAAUCACCGCAACAGCGACCUCGCCGCCUCUGGUCUGCACUUUGAGGACUUUGUGCGCUACUUGGGCGACGUGGAAGGCCGCCGCCGUAUGGACCGGCAGUUUGGUGAGCACAUCAUCCACUGGGUGACUUAUGCAGAGCUGUGCGCACCGUGCGAAAUAAGCUACAGUGUCAUCGGUCACCACGAGACGCUGGAGCAGGACGCCCCCUACAUCCUCAAAGCUGCAGGCAUCGACGAGCUGGUGUCCUACCCCGCUAUUCCUCCAGGCAUCACUCACUACAACAGGACCAAGGUGGAGCAAUACUUCUCAGGCAUCAGCAAGCGAGACAUCAGGCGUCUCUACGCACGCUACCAGGGCGAUUUCCAUCUAUUUGGUUACCCAAGCCCAGACUUUCUACUGAACUAAAAUAAUUAAUACGGACUAAAAACAUGUUUCUUUUUUAAUAUCUAUAUAAACCAUCUUUGAGUUGCUGAGACUGAGGUGUAAUAUGGCUGACUGUGUGCCACAGAACUGGAUUGCUGUACAGUAGCUGGCAAGCUGUAACUUCUUUUUUGGGAAUACCUGCCAGGCUAUUGUUGGUGUGUUUGCUGCAAUAACUGCAAAUUGCUGCCUAAUAGUCAAAUAUUUAACAGUGUGUUUGUGCAGAAAGUAAAUGUAACUGAUAAGCAAGUAUAGGUGCAGAAGAUGGGAUGUGAGUAGUUGCAUUAUGAGACUGAGCAGUGAAUAGCUGCACAGUUUAUCAGUUUGUGUUGAUAAUGCUGAGGGGGAACAUCGGUAUUAAUUUCAGAUAUAUAGUACACAUUACAUGAUUAAUUUGUUCUCUGAGUUUUUAUAUGUAAUUCCAGAGAUGCAGGAGGGUAACCCUGGACCGUAGCUAUUAUUUUGCACUGUAUGCAUCACCUGUUUCAAUGAUGGAUGUUGCAUCUCUUCCCAUAAUCCCAGAUAGAGGCAGACUGGGUGUGUCAGAGAGUAAAAGGCAAGAAUAGAAAGCAAACUGAUCAGACAGCGGUAUUUUCUCACAGCAGGAUUUCCUUCUUACAUUUAAAAACAAUUGUUUUUUAAAUUUUAUUUAUGCAGUGCAUAUUAAAUCUCGUUAGAGACUAACCUGGUCUUCAGAUAUCAGCGUGGCAUCAAAACGAAGCCUUGGUUUAUGUUGUGGCAAGUACAAAAGUUUUCCUGCCUUUACUAAACCUGAAGAAACACGAGAUGAGUUUAUAUACUCAGCUGUUAAUGCUUCUCUGGGUCAUUGAAGGAAACCGAAUUUUAAAGGCUUAUUUUUCAGUCAGAUGUACUGUGUAAAUGUUCUUGUCUUGGAACUCAACAUUUCUAUUAUGUGUUGCUAUUUAUAAUAUUAUUAACUUGCUAAAUAGUAGCUGAGGUGUCUCAGCUGUAAAAACAGUACUGCCUCUCUGCAACCACUCAGUGACCUUUUGGACAGGUGGUUGUGUUACAAA